AUGUUGCAAUACGCGAUUGAUUUAGGCUCCCACGCCGGUCUGUCUUCGACUUACAGCCAGGUCUUAGCCGGCGCAGCAGUCCUGGGCCUCGUGCUGUAUGCCUACCUGCGCGAGCCACGCCUGUACGAAGGCAUACCAGCCUUCGGUAUCGACGAGAAGGGCUGGAUGAAGAUCGAGAAGGCGAGGCGCAGGUAUACGGAACAGGGAACUCAGCUCGUCGCAGAGGCUGUUCAAAAAUUCUCGCAGCCGUAUCAAAUGGCCACCGACGUCGGCAUCAAGAUCUUCCUCCCCGCCCGAUUUGCAGAGGAGAUCAAGAACAUCAAGCAGAUGAGCUUCAAGAAGGCGAUAGGGACGGAAUUCUUCUUGGGGUAUCCGGGCCUUGACGGAAUGGAUUCAUUGACGCACCAGAAUGACAUCCUGCAGAAGGUGACCCGGCAGAACAUCACCCAGUCUUUGAAUCUCAUUACCGACGACCUGUCGGACGAGGCCACCUUAGCACUAGAGGAGAUGCUGGGCGACAACAAAGAGUGGACGUCCAUGACCCUGAAAACCUUUGUGCUCCACCUCGUGGCCCGGCUCUCGUCACGGUUGUUCGUCGGAGAGGAGCUUUGCCGUAACGAGGAAUGGCUAGAGCUGGCCAAGACCUAUACACUUGACACGUUUGCCGCCGCGCGGGUCUUGCGUAGUACGCCAUUCGCACUCCGGCGCAUAGCGGUGUGGUUCCUCCCCGAGUGGAAGAAGGUCAGACAAGAUCUCGCAGACGCUAAAAGGAUCCUGAGUCCGGUAAUUGAAAAGCGCCUGGAGAGAAAUCGAAUAGCAGAUGCAAAGGGUGUGCCGCGGCCCAAGACGGGAGACACCAUUCAGUGGUUCCAUGAUGCGUUUGAGAGAAAUGGCCUCGAGCCUAAGCUUGCUGGUGCGCAACUUGCUCUAAGUGUUGUGGCCAUCCACACGACGACCGAGUUGCUCACAGGCACCCUCCUCGAUUUGGCGCACAAUGAUGAAUUCAUCGACAACUUGCGUGAGGAAAUGAUCGGUGUUCUCGAGGAACAGAAUGCUGCAGCAGAAGUUGAUACUGAUGGAAGCACGAAAACAACAUGGAAGAAGAAUAGCCUCUAUAAACUGAAGCUGUUGGACAGCGCGUUGAAAGAGUCGCAGCGCUUGCAUACCCGAGACAUUGCCUCCAUGCGACGCAUCGCCGAAGCUCCGGUCACGCUUUCUGACGGCACUGUGAUCCCGAAGGGAGCCUUCACUUGGGUGACUCUGGACGCGUACAAAAACCCAGACAUCUAUGCCGACCCGGAGAAAUACAAUCCGCGGCGGUUCCUUGACCUACGCAAUCAGCCUGGCCAGGAGAACAGAUGGCAGCUUGUCAGCACAACGGCUGACCAUCUUGGUUUUGGACAUGGAGAGCAUGCUUGCCCCGGACGUUUCUUUGCCUCCAACGAGGCAAAGAUUGCGCUUGUGCACUUGCUGAUGAAAUACGACUGGAAGUUGCCCGAUGGCAAGAGGCCCGGCGACGUGGUGAAGGGAGGGACCGAGAGGGGCGUUGACGGGGAGACCAAGAUUCUGUUCAGGAGGAGACAGGAGGAAGUAAGCCUGUGA